AUGCAAGUAACUAGCAAAAGUCCGGAAUUGCCACAUGUGCAUCUGUUGCCCCUCUCUUCCCCCACACUCGGUCUAACAUCGUCGCGAAAUCCCGAGGACUUUAUCGGAGAAAACGAAAAUCGCCCUCCACUUCACUUCGCAUUUGCAACAAUGGCUUUCCCUCAAUUAUUAGUAGGCAAGGUUGCCGCCAUCACAGGCGGCCUCACAGGAAUUGGUAGAGUAUGUCAACGGUCAAUUGGCUCUUCCAAUGAACGCAGGCUAACUAAACAGGCAAUUGCUCUCGACUAUAUCCGCCACGGCGCGAAAGUCUCAAUCAGUCAUUUGGGCGGCGAGAAGGAGACAGCAUUACUUGAAGCACUUCGCAACGAUGUGAAAGACAUCGAAGCCGAAGCACUCGCUCGCUUUAUCACAGUAUCAGGCGACAUUUCACAACCAGAAACGGGUCGCAACUUUGUCGCAAAGACCGUCGAGACCUUUGGUCGACUCGACGUGUUCGUAAGCAAUGCAGGUGUCUGCCAAUUCGCUGAAUUUCUCGAACUUGAACCCUCCCUCCUGAACCACACAGUCUCAACCAACCUCUCAGGCGCGUUUUUCGCGACUCAAGCCGCCGCGCGCCAAAUGGCCCAGGUACAAUCACCGCCUGGAGGUUCGAUUAUUGGCGUCAGCUCGAUCUCUGCAUUGGUCGGUGGCGCCCAGCAAACUCACUACACACCCACUAAGGCGGGUAUCUUGAGUUUGAUGCAGUCGUGUGCAUGUGCACUUGGAAAGUACGGCAUUCGCUGCAAUGCGUUAUUGCCUGGUACUAUCCGCACACAGCUGAAUGAGGAGGACAUGAAGGAUCCGGUGAAGAGGGAGUAUAUGGAAGGCCGAAUUCCGCUCGGCCGACUUGGUCAACCUAAGGAUUUGGCUGGCCCGGCUGUGUUUUUGGCCUGCGAAGAGCUCAGCUCAUAUGUGACCGGUGCUCAGCUUCUGGUCGAUGGUGGCCUAUUUGUCAAUCUUCAAUAA